UUUUCUCUCUCCAGCGAGCGGCGCAGCGUCAGUGGAGCUCGGCGGUAACUUUUUAAAUCCGAGCCAUCUGCGCAUUUAUGACACUAAUAUCACCUGAAACGUGGCCGCAUCGAUAGUUAAGAGUCUAAUCUUUCAUGCAAGGUCAAUAUUUAUGGUGUAAAAGCAGCGCGUUGGUGUUAAAAACGCGGUUUAAAGUGAGAUCGGAGAGCAAAAGAGAGACAGAAGCGAGACGCGCACACACACAAGAGCCGCGUCGGAGACGAUGAGAAGAGCGAUCUCAUCCUCGGCCCCGGACAGUGUGAUCAUCACCGGGGUUGGUGGCUCUUCGCUGGACGAGAACGCGGUCCUGACGGCCCUGGGCUCCAACACACACACAACCACCUACAUCCACAUCAUCACCCCGCCGCCGUGCCUCACACACACUCCCGCCGUGUGUGUGUCCGAGUCUCCGGCUGCGAGCCUCUACAGCACACCGACAGGGAGCGGACAGAGACCUGCGCUCGGACGGCCUCCGGCGAAGAGGCGCCUGGCUCUCGACGACUCAGACCAUCUGUACACAGCCGAAGUAGCCAAAACUCCCAAGACCCAAAAUGGAGGACCGCUGGCUGUACUAAAGGGCAAUAAAACGCCAAAAUCUCCAUCGGAGAAGACUCGCUACGACACGUCUCUGGGUCUCCUGACUAAGAAGUUUGUGCAGUUGUUGGGCCAGUCGUCGGACGGCGUGGUGGAUCUGAACCAGGCGGCCGAGGCGCUCAACGUCCAGAAACGGCGUCUCUACGACAUCACCAACGUGCUGGAGGGCGUGCACCUCAUUAAGAAGAAAUCGAAAAACAACAUCCAGUGGAUGGGCUGUAACCUUUCAGAGGUUGGUGGAGUUCUGACCCAUAAACAGACUUUGAGCAGCGAAGUGGCUCAGCUUGUGCAGGAGGAACGUAGACUUGAUGAUUUGAUCCAAAGAUGCAUGCACGAAGUCAAGCAGAUGACGGAGUCGUCUCAAAGUCAGAAGCUUGCUUAUGUGACGUAUCAAGACCUCCGACAGAACACUAGUCUGAAGGAUCAGACAGUCAUCGUUGUCCGUGCUCCGUCCGAGACCAAGUUAGAGGUGCCCGAUCCACAAGAGGGCUUGCAAGUUCACCUCACAAGUACAAAAGGUCCUAUAGAUGUCUUCUUGUGCCCUGAUGAAAAUACCCCUGACAGUCCAGUGAAGAAUGAAAGUUCGAGUUUGACUGCAAACUCCUCUCCUUUUAUGAAAGUGUUAGAUGAUGGUGACUCCGGUCAUUCAGGCCCAGCAGUGACGGUCACCAGCCUCUCACCCAUUACAUCCACUUACACCAGCCUGCUGCAACAAACUGAGGACCAGAACCCGUACUCGGAUCCGCCCUUCAUCAGCCUGGGCUCGCCACCGAUCAGUGACGACUACCUCAUGAGCCUAGGAGAAGGCGAGGGUAUUUCUGACCUCUUUGACGACCUUGAUCGCCUUCCCAAUCUGGAUGAUCUUCUGUGCAACUGAAGGGGAAACUUGGACUCCUGAUUGGAUUGACUCUGUCAGGUAACCACUAACAGGAGGGUGCAAACUUAUAGGAGUCCUUGAUUCAGGAGUCUGGGAAGCUUUUUAUCUUCCUGUGCAUCCUGAAUGAAGUGAUGCUUGGAAACUACCCACUUACAGCCUGAAGGUUCCUAUGAGACUGUGAUAAAGGAGCCUCCGGUGUUACGCGAGUGAGUUUUUCAUCAAGUCAUGUAAGUUGUUUGAAAAUUUGCCUGUAAGUGGCUCCUGUCCUGUGCAAAUCGCAUUACAUCUAAGAUUCGCAUUGAUGACCUCCACUUUAGCCAUGUAAUUAAUUCAGUGUGGAGCUCCGCCAUCUUCCUAGUGGAAGCUGGUCAUUUAUUGCUGCCUCAGAGACUCUUUCUUGAAUUAAAAGGAACAUCAAGGACGAAAUGUAGAGGAAUGGUCACUGUUCCUGCAGUGAUAACUGCAGCUUUCAUGUGCCCAUGAAUUGGAGAUUUGAGGGAUUCCAGUUUGUUUGACACCCUCACAUGCAACCUAUAUAGAUGCCACUUCAAACCAAGUCCUUCCAACUUGCAGAUGCCUUGAUCUUUUUUUUUUUCUUUUUUCCCCAUCAACCUCCUCAACAAAUUGCUUUGGAUUGUUUCUGGAUGGUUCUUUCCUAUACUCAUUUCUCAUACUGCGUACGGCCGUGUGCAGAUUGAAGAAAUUAUUACUGUUGACUUGUGCUUUUCACCCCACCUUAAGGUGAUCAUGAACUCUUGCUAAAGACCCAGAUGAAUGGGUCCAGUGGAAAGAAAAUCAAGCUCUGUGUAGAAUUACACAGCAAUGCUCACAUCAUGUGCUGCUGUUUUUAUUCCCAUAGUUAAUGGGAGCCAAGCAGAGAUGGGAUUCAUAAGCUGCUCUUCAUUGCAUUCAGUGCUGCUGCUGCUGAUUUCUUCCACACUGUGUGAGAAAUUACUUCAUCGUUCGCAUCGAUGCUUUGAGACUGUAUUGAAGUAUAGAUUUUUUUUUUUUUUAAGCCUGGAGCCAAAGGUCUCUAGAGACCAAAGGGCAAAUACAAACCAUGUUUUAUUUCAUGGAAUAUUGAACAGGAUCUCCAGCUGUAUUGAGAGGAACCUGCCUGUACCAGUGAUGGGUUUUAUUUCAGUUUUGAAAGUGCACUUUAGAACUCGCUGGCUUGGAUGUAUGUUUACCAAGCUGUCAUCCUAUCAGAAAUCACUUUUAGCCAUUUUUAUGGAAUAAAAUUUUCCGCUUUUGGGAAUUCCUUUUUUAAGGAACAGACUGAAGCUCAAGUUAUCCAAUGAGAAUAUCAGCGUUUCAAAUUAAAUGCAUGUUUUUACACAAAGGCCUGGUGCCCUUGAUGUAGAUGUCAUUUGUUAUGUACAUGUGGUACUAUACAUUUACAUUUUUACAACGUGCUUCACAUUUAGACCCCCAUACCACUGAUCGUCAGCCGAGACACAUUUCUUUAUCUUUGGUUUUAGCGCUAUACCCAAUUUCAAUGUUUUUACUUUUUCUCAUACAAAGGUUUGCUUGUCCUAGAAAGAUAAAACGUCUAGAAGAACCAAGAAGCCAAGUCCAUCAAAAUGCAAACUCUCCAAAUACCUGAGUCAAACAUCCAGAUAUGCAAAGAAAACGAUUUUGAUGUGAAUGCAAUUAAGGAAAUCUGGAAAAUGGUCUUUCAAAAAAAACAAACAAAAACAAAACAAAAAAAAAAUACCGCUGUGUUGUGGUAGUAGUGCUAACAUGGAGACUGAGUGUUUGAACACAAGUUUAUAUGAACAAAGAAUUAAUUUGAUUUGUUCAGGAACUGGGUUAAUGACCAUGUUCUUUAUACUGUAUUUUGUGAAACAGGACAGAAAUAAGUGCGUGGAAAGUUCUCACCUGUAGAGAGUGUGUGUGUGUGGACUGAAACUUUGUUUUAUGGGGAAAUUUUUUGUAAUUUUUUUUUGGUGUAUGAUGGAGUCGUAUCUGUAAGUAAGUGCUUGGUGAAACCUCCAGCUUCUAGUUACACAGUAUAUAUGUUGAUAUUGUAAAUCAAUCAUGUGGCUCUAGAUUUUGCUAGAAUAAUCCUCCAGAUAUCUAACUGCAUACCUAAAUAUAAUAAAAGAAUAUUUCGUUUACAUCUACAUUGCCCAAUCAGUCCAUGGGAAAUGAUGUUCUGUUAUUUGGUCAAAUUCUGGUUGGUUUUCCCCAAGCACUAGGUAAGUAAUACUACCUACGCUCAAGCCUAUUAUUUUUUUCCUGGUUCCACAAUCUCUAGGUUCUGUUUCUGAAACUAACUUUUAAAACCCUUCAUUAUUAUAACCGUUUGUUUAAAAAAAAAAAAAAGCCGCCACAAAUUAUUUUCAGAAACAGAAAACAUGUUUAGUUUAGGGUUCGGUAUGGUUACUGAAAGUCGUUGCUGUAGUUAGUGCCUUCACCAGCUAUGCAGAGAUCCAGUUAACAAACCUUUAACUGCAAUUCUUCUACACUGUUAGUGAGGGAGAAAUAAAUCAGUACAAUAAAAUUUGUGGAAUAAUAAAUCCCCAUGUCAUGUUAGUGGCUAACAAAAAAAAUAUAUCCAGGUCUUGGUGCAAAAGAACUUGUAGAUUUGCAGUCACGUGUGGACUGAAAUCGUAAAAAAUACUGUACAAGAUUAACAUUUUUGCUGGAAAUGACUCCAAGGAAUUCCCCUGGGUGUAAGUGGGUGUGGGGUUAAUAAAGAGUCCACUCCAUACCUUCAUCCAUAUUCAGAGCUCUGUGGAGUUUUAGGGUAAAAGAUGAAGUUGUUACUGUGACCGAGUAACACAAUGAAACAGGGUUAAGUUGAAGAGGCUUCCGUUCUGGAGUCAGGACUCUGUUUCCUCAGCUUUAUUACACCAUGGCUACACUUUAGGAGGAUCUUGUUCCCUUGCCUUAAGACUUAAACGUAUAUUAUUUUUAUUAAGAAGAAACGUCACCACUGGGGCUCUGGAAUUACCUGCUUUAUCUGUGACAAAGCACAUUCACCUGCUUUCUUCUGUCUGCCCACUUUUUAUGGCUAAAUGACAUCCCCACAGUGGCCACUAGUGAAUAUCAUUGGUCUAUGCAACCCCCAGUACACACACACACACACACACACACGUUCCAUCUUGAAGCCAAGGACAUAUGAUGCUGCUGUAGAGUUCGAGCAGCUUUCUCUCCCGGAUGAUUUGAUCACUCUUGUGUUUUGAGCCUGGAGUCUGGUUUUCACCUCUUUAACCUGGUUUUGAACACCAGCAGCUGUUAACGUGAGGUUCUCCGCUCCAUUCGGGAACGGCCGAGCUCUUUCUCAAACCGUCACACUCAUUAACCAUAGGUGUGUUCGGUGUAGUGUGAAUUCCUGAAAGGAUUGAAGUUUCAAAAAUAAAUCAGGAGACUCUGAUGACCUUUAGGAAAAUCCUCAGGAUUUUAGAUUAGAGAUAAUGUUCCCCAUAAACAUCAUAAGAUUGACCUGUGUUCAUGUCUGUGUGUUUCUUAUAUUCCUCUUUCACGUGUCACUAUUGUGAUUGAUUCAUGAAGCUUUUCUUUUAAAAAUAAAUCAUUGCGUUUGAUUUCUUCACGAGAAUCAGACUUUCAUGCUGCUUGACUAAUUUUCUCUUAGACGGUACUUAGAUGAGUGUGUGAUGGUUUUUAAGCGUAAAUUGAGGUAGACGUUUUUUGUUUUUUUUCCCAAAUAAAUGUCUACAUUCAUAAAAGCGGUGGUCACCAAAUGCAUUUAAAGGAAAUCUGUCGGAGAGCCAAGGCAUCGUUCUCCCCAGCUCCUCUUUUUUCUUCCCCCUCAAAUGAAACUUCUGAAAUAAAAAAUAAUGAAAGAGAAUAAUAAAAGUAUGAAAUCCACUCUUGAUGAACCUUUUUAGAUAUUUAUUUUAGCUACAUUAAUCACCUAAUAUUUAAUGGAUCAUCACUCACUCCUGUUUCUCCAUAACUGUCUUUUUUUUUUUUUUUUUUUUUUUAAAUUGACCAUUUUUCUUUAUGAAAACAAAUGUGUGAAAAUGUUUUUUUUUUUUUUGAAGCAUGAAAGUGUAUGUGUAAAAUUGUUUUCAAUUACAGCAUGUUUUGAUAAGUUUUCAACACGUCAUUAUCAGCUUUGAGGGAAAAAAAUGUAGAUUGAUGUCUUAAAUAGAGCCUCUUUUUUUGUUGUUUUUUUGGGGUGGGGAGUUAUUGAGUGUAUUCUACUCUGUUCUGUUCACCGGAUUAUGAAUAAAAGCAAUGAGACAGUUCUUGUUAA